AUGGCUUCGCGACCUACCGUCUCGAUCAUCGGCAAAGAUGGUACUCCCACGGGAGCUACCCACCCCAUUCCUGCUGUCUUCUCCAGCCCUAUCCGACCGGAUAUCGUCCAGCAGGUUCACACUGGUAUCGCCAAGAACAAGCGCCAGCCAUACUCCGUGAGCGAGAAGGCCGGUCACCAGACCUCUGCUGAGUCUUGGGGAACUGGACGUGCUGUUGCCCGUAUCCCCCGUGUCUCUGGUGGUGGUACCCACCGUGCUGGUCAGGCCGCCUUCGGUAACAUGUGCCGUUCCGGUCGCAUGUUCGCCCCUACCAAGAUCUGGCGCAAGUGGCACGUCAAGGUCAACCAGGGCCAGAAGCGUUACGCUACCGUCUCUGCCCUGGCUGCCUCCGCUGCCGCUCCUCUUCUGCUCGCCCGCGGCCACCAGAUCAUGAGCAUCCCUGAGGUUCCCCUCGUCGUCGACUCUGCCGUCUUCGAGGCCGGUGCUGGUGCCAAGACCGCCAGCUCCCUGGCUGUCCUCAAGGCCGUCGGUGCCGGACCUGACCUGGACAAGGUCAAGGCCUCCAAGAAGCUCCGCGCCGGUAAGGGUAAGCUCCGUGGCCGCCGCCACCGCCAGCGCCGCGGCCCUCUCGUCGUCUACGACGCCGCCGUCGACGGCAAGGAGCUCAUCAAGGGCUUCCGCAACAUCCCCGGUGUCGAGACCAGCCCCGUCUCCGCCCUCAACCUUCUCCAGCUCGCCCCCGGUGGUCACCUCGGCCGCUUCGUCAUCUGGACCUCCGCCGCCUUCAAGGCUCUAGACGAGAUCUACGGCUCCACCACCGAGCCCUCCGCCCACAAGCGCGACUUCCUCCUCCCCUCCAACGUCGUCUCCCAGGCCGAUCUCACCCGUCUCAUCAACAGCUCUGAAAUCCAGAGCUCCCUCAACGCCCCCAAGGGUGAGGCCGUCACUCGCCGCUCUGCUGUCCAGAAGAAGAACCCUCUGCGCAACAAGCAGGUCAUGCUGCGCCUGAACCCCUACGCUUCUGUCUUCGCCAAGGACGCUCAGAAGAAGCAGGAGUAA